AUGUUAUUGUUUGUUUUCUUGCAGGUUCAACGCAAUUGUCUCAUGACGUUAGGCUCAGCAGUAAUAUUGGAUUGUGUAGUUUCCAUCGUCAUAAGCGGAUGGGGUAUCUUCUCCCUCUUCUUCCCUCUUUCCUCUAUGUUGAUGGAUGAUUUAAUCAUUUCCGGCUAUAAUUCCUCUGUUCUUGGGGUGCUCAGUGGACCUGAGCCAGCUGGGUUACUUUGA